UACCACUAGCGACAAAAAGCGAAUGUAAGCUACAGAAGCCUUUGUCUGAAAAAUCCAAAGAAAUAUAGAAUGGAUGCUAGGGCUUCCCAGUUGGUGAAGGAACUCCGUUAUCCGAUGAACCCUUCAAUAAAACACCUAACCGAUUUCACCAAAGGUUGUUGAAACGAUGGUCGUAGGGAGUGGCGACGCUUCUGACUCUAGGUCAACAGAUUCACCUGCUGAAUCCGCGAGAACUGGUUCUUCUCAUGAAGAGGAUGAGGGGAGGCAAUUAAGUUAUUUUGGGGGAAGUUGCUCAAGAAAUACUAGCCCAAUUGGUCGGGGACUAGGGUUGAGGAACACUAGCCCAUCUAGACAGAAGGCGGUUAAGACAAAACCCAGAGGUCUAGAUGAAGAAAUGAUUGCUACAUUCCCAAAAGCUCCACACCCAGAUAUUCAUAUGGAAGAUAACAUAUGGGCUAUGCUACCUGAAGACCUACUGAAUGAAAUACUAGCUAGGGUUCCACCUUUCAUGAUCUUCCGACUCCGUUCCGUUUGCAAACGUUGGAAUUCAAUCUUACAAGACAACAGUUUUCUCAAAUUCCAUUCCCAAGUUCCCUCCCAUGGCCCUUGCCUUCUCACAUUCUGGAAGAAUUCACAAACACCACAAUGCUCUGUUUUCAGCUUGCCAUUGAAACAAUGGUACAAAAUCCCUUUCACAUUCUUACCUCAAUGGGCAUUCUGGCUUGUUGGAUCUUCAGGAGGACUUGUCUGUUUCUCAGGUCUGGAUGGCUUAACUUUCAGAACAUUAAUCUGUAAUCCCCUGACACAAAGCUGGAGAACACUACCAAGUAUGCAUUAUAAUCAACAACGACAGUUAAUUAUGGUGGUUGAUAGAAAGAAACGCUCUUUCAAAGUCAUAGCUGCUAGUGAUAUCUAUGGUGACAGAUCACUUCCAACUGAAGUAUACGAUUCAAAGGCCGACAGUUGGUCGCUUCACCAAACCAUGCCAGCUGUCAAUCUUUGUUCAUCAAAGAUGGCAUUUUGUGACUCGAGGUUAUAUUUGGAAACAAUUUCACCUCUUGGGUUGAUGAUGUAUCAGUUGGAUGCGGGGUAUUGGGAACAUAUUCCAGCAAGGUUUCCAAGAUCUUUAUUGGAUGGGUAUUUGGUUGCGGGGACACAGAAGCGUUUGUUUUUGGUUGGAAGAAUCGGUCUUUAUAGUACUCUUCAGAGUAUGAGAAUUUGGGAAUUGGAUCAUGCAAAAGUGAUUUGGAUUGAAAUAAGCAGAAUGCCACCAAGAUACUUUAGAGCUCUGCUGAGGUUAUCAGCAGAGAGAUUUGAGUGUUUUGGACAGGAUAAUCUCAUCUGUUUUACAUCUUGGAAUCAAGGGAAAGGUUUGCUGUUUGAUGUUGAUAAAAAGGUAUGGUCUUGGAUUGCUGGAUGUGCUCUACAGUCGUAUAACAGUCAAGUCUGUUUCUAUGAGCCGCGAUUUGAUGCUUCAAUCUACUGAGCUUGUAAACAGAAGGUCAUUUUGGUCAAUUUGCUAGAGGCAGCAUUACAGGUGCCAAAACAAGUGGUAGAUCCUUCUGGGAUGGUGGCUGCAACCUGCAUGCUUAAUUUUUGGUCUGCCUGAGAUGAAUUUAUUGGGAUGGGACACACAAAUUUAGAGGAAUUUUCAUUUUUAAAACUGUUGUAUACUUGUUAAAUCCGGUUUAAUAGUUUAUACAUGGAAGUUUCCUUCUUCA